AUGUAUCGCCAAAUUUUAGUACAUCAAGACGAUCUCGAUUUUCAACGAAUUCUAUGGACCACUUCCGAUCCGAAUCAACCGUAUAAAUAUCAAUUGUUAACGGUGACCUUAGGCAUGAACUGUGCCCCUUACCUCGCGCUGCGCGUAAUUCAGCAGUUGAUACAGGACGAAGAAAACGACGUAGAGUCGUUGCGGCGAUCUCGUGAGCAAUUAAUCGGACUCCUCAAUCGCGGUCACUUUUCCUUACGUAAGUGGGCAAGCAAUUCGGCGGAAUUGCUCUCCAAUAUCGACUCUUCCGAUCACGGUCUCGCGUGCAGUAAAGAACUGUCCCCCGACGAUCAACAUCGACUGCCAUGGUCAUUAGCCCAAAUUGACGAAGAGGUCAAAGGCGGUUUACCUGAUUUCAGGCGCUUAAUCUCCUGCACAAAGGUGUCAGCCUGGCUCAAGCGACACAGUAGAAGACGAGCCUCUUCGAGCUCCUGCGCUGACAAGAAACCACCUCGGCGAGAGGAAGAAGAUCGACAGUUAUGGAUAUAUCGUCGGAGGUAUGCGGUGACCCUGACUAGGCGAGUGAAAGAUGACCAUCGCUCCAGUAGCUCGUUGGGUUCCAUCCGAGUCACGGAGAGGUGCAGCAUAAUGGAUCGUUGUUCCGGUACGUCUCCAGGACAGGCCUCUGGUCGCCAAAUCUGCGGGGUUGUUAGAAGUCCGCACAUGCCUCCACUGCACCUCUGGGAGAAGACCAUGGAUCUCCGCGACUCGGUGGGCCACGAAAGGCUUCCACCGCGAAGCAUGUCCUUGGAGCCACGCUAG